GCUUGUGUACCAGCAAUACUAUACCAGAGCUGUGCAUGCGAGAUAUAAGUGUGCAUUGUGUCUGUAGUUCAUACUUUGGCUACAAAGCUCGAUGUCAGCGGUGUUGAGUUUUAAUACGGAGAGGGGAAUUGUGUAGUUCUUUUCGCAUUUUUCCUACGUUAACUUGAUUGUCAACAUGUUGAAUGUAUACCUUCUGAUACUCGUGACCUUUACAACUGGUGGCUUUGGAAGCGACCUGGAGAGCAGAUUAGUCGGUGGCCCGUUUAGCCACGAAGGUCGACUGGAGGUGCAAGGUCCAAGUGGGGAAUGGGGCUCCUUUUGCCGGGGGAACUUGUCCAGUUCAGCCGACGACAACGCCUUUCGUGUCAACGAGCUAGCGUGCGGCCUUUGCAGGCUCAUGGGUUAUUUGGGCUCCUACACGGCCUCUAAUCACCAGGACGUGUACGGUAAGGCCGACGGGGUGAUCUGGUACAAGGACGGUUACUGUGACUGUGCACAGGCUCCAUGCAAAUUCGAGCCGUGGACUCUGGGAGGGGGCAGCUGCGAUCACCGAACGGACUUGAGCAUGACCUGUCUGACAACGGACCUCCGUCUUUUCAACGGCAGCAGCGACCGGGAAGGCUGGCUGGAGAUCGGACUAGGAGGCGACCGGUGGGUUGGCUUAGGCGAGAACCUACCGCACUCCAUCCAUGACGCCGACCUGGUAUGCCAACACUUCGGCUUUCCCUUGGCGCUUGCCGUGUCAGACGGCGUCGACCUUCCGUGGAACGGUGACUUCCCGGAGCGUUUACGGAGGAAGAAGAGCUGCCAGGCGGAUGAGACGAUAACGGAAUGCCUGAGUAGGUCCAUCUGUAAAAGCAUCUGCGGAUAUGGUUCAGGCCAGUUUGCACUAUUUGGUGUGAAGUGUGCGACAGAUGACGAGGUCUUAACUCUACCGGAGUCCCAAGAGGUCUUCCCUGAAGGAAUCGAGGUCCGACUAGGAGAUGACGAUUCACAACUGAGUGGAAUCUUACAGUUGCGCCACAACGGAUCCGACUGGGGCCUUGCCUGUUUUCACGACGCGGCACAGACCCAGGCCGCAGCUAAAGAAGCUUGCCUUCGCUAUGGCUCCUCUUUGGUCGAGUCCACCAGCCUCGAUCCAGCCCGUACCUGGAACGGAGGGAUUGAGUUUGUGCUCCGAGUCGAUAGCCAGGACAAAGGGCACUGGAUGGUCGUGGAAGAUCACUGUGCGAGAAAUGGAGGGAAAGCGUUCACUGUCACCUGCAAAAAAGGAUUCACGCUAAAUGGUGUAACAGUGUACCUCCCAGAUGAAGCCACAUGUGAAGGCUUCUGCGGGGUGCCGCCGUCUCUUCUUCACACGUGCGGAUGCGAUGCCCUAUGCCACGCCUUCCAAGAUUGCUGUUUCGAUGUGUUGUCUGUGUGUCCUUCCCUGCUGAACCAGUCAGCCGAUGUCGACCAACAACAUAGUCUUUACAACCUGACCCAUAGCUCUCAGUACUAUGCUUGCCACUACAUCAACGACUUGAACUACAACUACCAGUUAAUCAGCCGGUGCCCGGAGUCGUGGUCAGGCGCCGCCGUGCGGGAUUACUGCGAGGCACCAGACUUCGCGCAGGCCAUGCUGUACCACACGGGAAACGAGGUCUACAUUGGGUUUAAGAAUAUCGCCUGCGCUCUUUGCCACGGCUUCAAUGCAUAUCGGGAGUACGAGGGAGAAACGAUUACUUUUCCUUCACUUCCAAUUAAUCCCAUUACCCCAAUCCCAGGAGACAACGAUACAACACCUGUGAUGGUGGACUGGGAACCCCCACCCCCUCACUUCGUGACUCCAAUCUUUCAGGAAUUUGCGUAUUACUCGAUCGACAACUCCGCUGACUCUAUCUACCUCCACGCCUGCCAUCCCGACGGUGAACUCAUAAGUGAAUGCCCGUCUUUUACCCCCGAUGAAGGACUGGUCGAAUCCUGCGCUGCUUAUUCCGCGCAGGUGACAGCCCGUACUGACCCCCGCUCGUUUAAGAAUCCCCACUGCGCACUCUGCAACGGAAUUGCUCUGGAGGAUAUCGUCCUGUCCCUCGAAAUUUCUUUGCCGUGGUGCUGUCAUACCUUUAACAAUCCUUACCAUAUUUUAUUAGAAGAGCCAGCUCCAUUGGUAUACUGGACAUACCUGGCAAUCAGCGUCGGAGAAGAAUUAGAAUGUCAGACGAAGAACUUCGUGGUGGUCACGAAGACACGGAAGACCACUAGCGGUGUGGUUGAGAGGAGCCCUCCCCGGUCGCAAAAAACGGCGUUCUCGGCGCUGCAAUGUCUUCUGCAAGCGACCGCUGUCACCAAUAUUGACAUAGUUGCAGCUUUUGGUGCUCCUUUGGACCAGCAAGCCAUGAUGUUCAAUAACAACACUGAGGAAACUGCCCACGUAUCCGUCCCGGGGUUUGCACAUAUCGGUGAAUUUGGAGCCCUUUUGAGUGACAUCCUACAGAGGGAAGAUGGGGAAGGCACCAACUGGAAGAGGCGUUGCGGUGCUGCGAAAGUCAUGCUCAAAGAAGAAUGUCAAGUGCUUGAGAACACCAACAACAUAACCGAAUGUUUCCAAACUGAAGCGAAUGUGACCGCCACAACUAUUAACGGUACCCAGUACUUGUACAUCGGUGAGGGAGUUCUGGUCAUUCCUUUCAAUCUAUCGCUGUUGACUGCUUAUGAAGAGGACAAGGAAUCUAUGACUUACACAAAGCGUAACUUUGCCGAAGUAUGCGGGCUGGUUCCGAAGAACAUGACCUGCGAUUUUUUCCCGGUCGAUCAAGCCAAGUGGACUGAAGUUGGCGAUCGACGGGUAAUGACUUAUCAAGGGUCGGAAUUGGAUAACAGCUCGUUUGCCAUUUUCCCGGAUGGUUACGUAGUUGUGUGCACACACACCACUGUGUCGUAUCGGAACCCGUUCACGGGGCCUGAAUACAUUGUCCAAGUCGUGUGCGUAUCUCUGUCACUUGUUGCCCUCGCAGCUACUGUUGUGACCUACUGCGUAUUCCCAGUGCUGAGAAACAUCCACGGACUGACGGUCAUGAGCAUGUCGGUGGCCAUAUUCGUUGGACAGUUCCUGUUACUGGUCGGUGUGAAUCAGACGGAGAGUUCAAUUGUCUGUUCGGCCGUGGCGAUUGUCGCCCACUACGCCUGGCUGGCCGCAUUUGCCUGGAUGACCGCCAUGGCGUGGGACCUGAUGCGCACCUUCUCCUCCACCGUCUCCCGUGCCCACGGCUCGGCCUGCGGUCGUGCCUUUCUCCGUCUCUCGCUCUUCGGCUGGUUCUCUCCGUUUAUUGUCCUCAUCCCGUGCCUCGUGGUGAAUUUCUGCGACUGCACCGAUCUGACGUUCAGCUACGGCCGUCCGGAGACCAAGAUCUGCUGGAUCACAGACGAGGCCGCCAUCUUGGUGACCUUUGGCCUGCCGAUUGUGCUGUCGCUUUGCGCCAACACCGUCUUCUUCUCAUUGACGGUCAAGGCCAUCCGAGCUACCAAGAAGGCUUCCUCGAUGGUCAAUGAAGACAAGAACAAGAGAAAGGAAACCACUCGGGAACUGCUGAUUUAUGUGAAGAUAUCGAGCGUCAUGGGCUUCGCCUGGAUCAUCGGUUUCAUUGCCUUGGCAACCGACAUCAGUGUGCUCUGGUUCCUGUUCAUCAUCUCGGGGGCACUCCAGGGCGUCUUCAUCUUCACUUCCUUUGCCUUCAACAGCCGCAUCCGGGGCAUGUGGAGAAAAAAGUUUCGGCCGACGAAGAUGGCGCCCUCUGACAUUUCUAACGGCCGUUCGCUCGUCAGCAAAAACUUGCGCACAGUAUCGGAUGGCACGGCUAGCGCGUCCGUGUAAAUAGUCUGGUUGCCUGACUGAAUUUUCCCUUUAUGAAAUGCGAAUAAGGUAGCAGUUACGGUUAAGAAUAGAACAUGACGUCAGGACGCCCUUUCAAGAUAUUUUAUUUUAGAUGCAGUAGGCUUGGAAUACUGAUACUUCGAGUUCUGUAGGUUGAAUUGAUUGCAAACCUAACAUUUCAUGAUCGACAGCAAUGAUCACAACUGUAGUGUUGGAUGCAUUCAAUGCUUCACCCGAAAACUGCCGAAGGGGUGAAGGAUAAUUUCCGAAUGUAAACGAACAGUUUCGGAAUAUAGGAAAUUGUUUCUCCUAUUGACGUCAUUAUGGUCACGUGAUAUUAGUGGCUACUUGACUUAGAAAUAAUCGAAAUUGGCUAAAGUGAAAAAAAUGAACAACAAUUCGGGGAGAGCUAAAAAAGGACCACCAGUUUGUCACAAGCAAAAUACACACACGCACACAAGUGUGUAUUUGCCUGCAAUCGGGGACCCCCUAUUG